AUGCCGGCUCCUUCCGCUCGCGCUGUAUGUACGCCUGAGUCUUCCUCUCGUUCGCCUCUGCCGGAUUUUCUUGCCGGGGAUUCCGAGGAGUUGUCUGUUCAAGUCUCGGCACUCGGCUGCAUCGGGGGGAGCGAAGAUCGGCGUGCACGCACAGAGGACAAAACAAGGGACGAGGUGUUUUCUGGGUGCCGCGAAGAGGCACCCGCGUCCACCGCCUCUAGCCCCUCGCGCGGAGUGAGACAAGACGAAGAGAAUGGAAACGCGCAAGUCGCCGCUCCAGCGCCGGGAGGUUGCGGCGGCCGCGCUCCUUCGCCCCCCGCGCUUUUUCGGCAGAACCCAGGAGGAAAGCGAGCGAGAAUGACGCUGACGCAAACGGGACGCGAUGAGCAGCAAGGAGUCGCGACAGAUAGCGCAAAUCGGGCCGUAGCUAAACGGGGUCGCGCUCACGCAGCCCGCCACGCGCAACGGCGAAGCGACGCAAGCGAAGAGCGGAAGGGACGCAGAGAGGUGGAGACGCAGAACCAGAAGGAGACAUCUGACGCAGCGAGCGAGGUAUGCAAACAAAAUGCGGCGACACCCUCGCCCCUACCGCAUCCGGCGAUCCCCUUGCGGGAGAUGGAGGGCUGCCGGCGCUCCGCGACUUCCUCGCGGCCGGCAGCCAGGGCGGAGGCGGCCAGACAGCCGCGGGGGAGUCUCGCCGGCGCGGAUUCGCCGGUCGCGCGGCCGAAGGAAGGCAGAUGCGCGGAAAGCGACGAGGCAUCCCACCGGGGCUGCCAGGCUCGACCGGGGACAGACGACGACCUGGGUCAGCGAGACAGCGAGCAAGAGCAACCUAGCGAGGAGAAGGAGGCACUCAGCUGCGCGAGUGCGCAGGCAAGGGCCUCCAGCGAGGCCUUGGCUGCCUCUGCGUCGAGCGCGGGCCCAGCGACCGCCGCGGUUACCGAGGGCAGCCUUGCCGAUAUGGGAAGGAAGAGGGAGAGAGAGGGCGCGGUUGGUGAGAGAGAGGGCGCGGUUGGGGAGAGAGAGCCGCGCCAGCCGAACGGGACGACGAGCGGCGCGGCAGAAGGAAGGGCUCGGCGAGAAGGGAGACACACAGAGGCAGAAGCGAGGUCUGACGAGGCGGCCGCGGGGAGCGAGGAGGGCGGCGCGCCGACCCCGAGGCCCCGCGCCCAGAACGCUGUGGGGCCCGCGCCGGGCGUUUGUCCGCGCCCACAAGGGUCUGGAGACCGCAGGCGGCAGAGUCGCGACCGACGCGAAUCCGAAUCUGGCAGGGCGGGGGACUCAGACCCCGAACGCGGGGACAGGGCAAGAAAUGCAGCCGUCGCUUCAGAGAGAGCAGAGACGGAGGAGCAGGUCGAAGACGGUCAUUCUUCUUGCUGGCGAGGCGGCAUCGACGGCAGAGCGGGUCACGCAGCGCGGGCAGAAAGCUCUGCGGGGGAGGGCGACUGCGAGGACGGGGACUCGCCUGAAGAACAGAGACCUGCGGCACGGCUCCGGAAUCCCCGCGCCCCCACGAGGCCAGCGCGAGGCGAAGCCAGGCGAGCGCAGGCGGCGCCGCCGGGCGCCGAAGAGAUGGCGAAAGCGAACAGGAGGGGAGUGGAGACCGGUAAGAGCAGUCACAUAAGAGACAGGUCGCUUCAUAUGCCGGCACCCGACGCCGCGGAGAUUGUUGGGAGAGAACAAGGUGCUGGGGAAGCGGGCAACGUGACUCCAGAGUCGGCGGCGGCGUCUCUCGACAGCGGAGAAGAGCAUGAGGCGCAGACACGAGAUGGCGCCCGCGCGCGCGAACAAGAGGAAGAAGAGGCCAGCGACGGGCGCCGGGCAGUGAAAGACCGAGUAGGGGGUGGAACCGACCAGGAGAGGACGGAAAGCCAAGACCAUGAGAGUGAUGACGGCGGCUCUUUUGCGCUCAUGCGAGAGAGCGAGCAGGAUUUGCUUCCGCCACGCAGUCCGCAGAGUUCGAGAGGCAGAGUUCCACGCCUGUCUCUUGAGGUUCUGCGUGCUUCUGAGGAAGAUUGCGCCCGCGAUUCUUCUUCGUCCUCCUCGAGGUCGGCGCGCCUUUGGGUAGAGAGCGACGACGCCUCACGGGACGAGGGAGGGUGCCUCUCCGCGCACCAAAGAGACGAAGAGGAGACCGCCGGCGCGGAGAGAGAAGAAACGGCUCACGACGAACCCUGUGUCCUCUCGUCCUUCGCAUCCGUGGAGGCCGUCCUUCGAAUUGCGGGGAAGGUCUCGUUCGAGUGUCUCGCGUCGUUUUGCUGCGACUACCUCCGCCAGCUGAAUCUGCAUCUCCGCUCCAUGCGUGAGGUCUCCCUCCAGCGCGAGAAGAAGCUCGCAGCCCUGCUGACGCGUCGAGACGCGCGCACGUCUCCUCGCUUUCGCGCGUCCUCCUCGGGAUCCGUCUCCUCGCCCUCGCUCCCUGCCUCUCCACCGUCUUCUCGCUCGAGCGGAGACGGCGGCUGCCCACACGACGCGGGGCCGCAGCGGCGGCGAAGGCAGCGACGCCGGGCGGCACGCAGCCCGAGGCGAGGCGCGGGGGCCAGAGGGGACAGGCGGGGGGAAAGCGAGGACGAGCAUAGCGAAAUUUCCGUUGCGGACGAGAUGCCGGCUACAGAUGCAAGAGGCGAGAACGGAAGAGCGUCUAGGGCCGGUGGCAGACGCAGGGCGGUCUGGGUGGGCGCUGCGUUUGAGCGUCUGAAGCGAGAGCGUCUGUCUCGUCUGCUGAAUGUCCAGCGUUGCUGUCAAGAGUGCACGGAGCCUGUGCUUCAGGUGUUGUCUGUCGCGUACCUCGUGCGUCUGUUUCUCUGGAGCCGCGACGCGCAUCCGGACGGGCGCGCGUUUCCCGUCUCGCCGGAGACACUCGCGAUGCUCAUCGAGGCCCUCGACGCGCACAGGCUGCUCCUCGUGCGCCUCUACAAAAUCCAGUUUCCGUCGCUGGAUCUCGCGGUCUCUUCCCUCGCGCUGUUGUACUCGCAGAGCGUCGCAGUGCAACGCAUUCUUCCAGUUCUACUUGGCCUCUUCCGCUCUGAGUUUGGUGACUCAGCAGCCUCGCUCGUGCUGCACGUCCGCCCGGCGCGCCCGCUUCCGAAGGGGGGGGGCAGGGCCGCGGCUUCUCCCCCCCCCCUACAGACUGGAGGGGGACUACGACACCGAGCUCCUGAGGAGCCCGGCGAGUCCUCCGCACGCCCCCCCUCCUUUUCCGCGGCGGCGCGCAGACGCAGGCGCCUCGGCCGAUGCGUCCGGGGGCCGGCUGGGCGAAGCGGCGUCUCCUUCCUCGCGUUGUUCUGA